AUGAGUGAAUAUUAUCAUAUAGUUCCAUGGUUUAAUAGUGCAGAGUGGCUCCAAGUUUAUGAAAAUAUAUUUAUACAUCACAACAAAGAAACAGCACUCCAAACAAUAUUGAUUUGGAAAUCCAGAUGCCCCUCUUUACCUUCUGGAAUAGAAUCAACACUUAGUCUAUUAGAAGUGUUAAUACAAGAUGAAAAUGCUACCAAUAUUGCCAAUGACCAGUUAUUACGUCUAGCAUACUCAUCAGCUGUAAUGCGAUUUGUUAACCAUAUGCUUGACACUGAAACCGCCAAAGGUACUAGCUUAUAUAAAGCUGCAAAAAAUAUGGAAGUGCCAGAUUGGAUUAUAGAUUUACGACACGAUACAGCUCACAGUAACAAUUUGCCUUCAAUUGAAUUACUUCGAGAGGCAUCUCAGAUUGGUCUAGAAUGGCUUGAACGGAAUUAUUGGGUCAAGUAUAAGGAAUGUAUUAAUAAUUUCGUUACAGGAGAACAACAUAUACAACCAGAAACUCCUGAAACUAACAAAAUAGCAUUGGUGAUGCAUUUCUGCACAUCACUUAGCUUUUGCGCUCAUUCUAAAUGUAAAUUCAUAAAUUUGUCGGAAAUUCCAGACCCAAGUUUAAGAGAAUCUAUUGUUAAUGAUGCAAGAGAUUUAUUUGGAGAUCAUUAUGAUUUUUCUAAUUUAAAAACAGUAUCUGUUCAAUCAUUAGUUAAUAUUCUUGACUUAAAUUCCAGGAUGUUAUUUAAAAAUAAAGAUUCCAUUUCAUAUGCCAUACAAUCUUUACUUGGAGAUGAGUCUUUAUUUCUAUCAUCAGAACUUUUGAAUUUUAUGGGAAAUGAAGAUUUUUAUCACAAAAAGAAAUUAUCUGCAAGUUAUAUGCAAUGUUUUGAAUUAUUGCUUACUUUCCUUCAUUCUAAUGACAUCCUACAGGAUUUUGUAUUAGAGUUGAUUGAAAUUACAAACAAGACUGAUAAUGAUGACUGCAAAAGUUUGUUAGCUGCAUUAUGGAUUUCAGAAAUUUUAAAAGCUUUAGAUAAAACUAAACAAUUUAUAGAAAGACUAAAAAGUUCAGGUUCCACUAAUGUUCAAUUGAAGAAAAAACAGGAAUUGAAAUCAUUGUAUCAUCAUUGGUUUCCAAAUGAAAAAGUCAAGGGUCUUGUGCUUGAUAUGCAGAAACCAGUUCCACUACUACUGACAGAUAUACAAUUUCUACAGCCAAUUAUAACUACAUACAACCCUUAUUUGAAGUACUUUAUAAAAGAUCUUCUUAACUUAGUUGAACCUCGUUUACCAAAGAUUGUUACAGAGAAUAUAAGUAAUUUAGCUGAAUUGAUAUCAUCUCCAGAUAAAUUCCCAGCAAAAUCAUCAAAAAUUUACACAGUGGAUGAUUUGAUGGAACAUGAUAAUAAAACAUCUGAUAAUGGAAACUGUGAUAUACCUAUGAAAAUUGUGUUGCCUACUGAAGAAAUACAACAACAUAUGAGUUAUGGUGUUUGGAAGAAAUGUUCUAAAACUCACAACUGGAGUUCAUGCCCUAUUGGGCUUUUGCCAUGGCAAGAAAGAUUUUGA